AUGAAACGAUUCUAUGGCCUUCGAGGCACAAGGCUCAAUGUUGCGAUCGGUAUAAUCGCCGGUCUUGACUUCUUGCUAUUCGGUUAUGACCAAGGUGUGAUGGGAGGCCUUCUCACACUCCCAUCUUUUACCAGAGUUUUCCCAGAGAUCAACACUAUCGGCGAGUCUGGCAACAGCCCCAAGUCCACAACUCAAGGCAUUACCAUCGGCAGCUAUAAUCUUGGAUGUUUCGCAGGAGCCAUUGUCUGCAUAUGGCUUGGUCAAUUCUUAGGUCGACGUCGCACAAUCUUCGCUGGAUCAGCUAUCAUGGUGGUUGGGGCCGCUAUCCAGUGCUCUGCUUUUGGUCUGGCUCAGCUUGUCGUUGGUCGUGUCAUUACUGGCGUCGGCAAUGGUCUCAACACUUCCACCGUUCCUACCUGGCAAUCGGAGACGACCAAGUCGCACAGAAGAGGUCAGAUGGUUAUGAUCGAAGGAGCAUUGAUCUCUGGAGGUAUCAUGCUUUCGUACUGGAUCGAUUUCGGCUUUUCCUUCAUCGACGGCGCAAUCGCAUGGCGAUUCCCCAUCGGCUUCCAGAUCUUCUUCGCUCUCAUUAUCCUCUGCUUGAUUCUUGGAUUGCCUGAAUCACCUCGAUGGUUGAUCUUGAAGGGACGCGAGGACGAGGCUGUUACCGUUCUCGCAGCGCUCAGCAAUUUAGAGCCUGAGGACGAGUACAUCCAGAGUGAAUUCGUAGCUAUCAAGGAAACAGUCAUCGAGAUGAGCCAAGGAUCGUUCAAGGACGUCUUUACCAUGGGCAAGGACCGCAACUUCCAUCGCGCUCUGCUCGGAUACGUCAACCAAAUGUUCCAGCAGAUCUCCGGUAUCAACCUGAUCACAUACUACGCCGCAACCAUCUACGAACAAGAGAUUGGUCUUUCUGGGUUCCUCUCCCGUAUUCUUGCCGCUGCUAACGGGACGGAGUACUUCCUGGCAUCUUGGAUUGCGGUUUUCACGGUCGAGAAGAUCGGUCGCCGCCCACUCAUGCUUUUCGGCGCUGUGGGCAUGUCGCUCUCCAUGGUCGUCCUGGCUGCAGUCACAUCGGUAGGCGGCACUGGACCUGGAAUCGUUGCGGCUGUGUUCCUCUUCGUCUUCAACACAUUCUUCGCCAUUGGAUGGCUUGGAAUGACCUGGUUGUAUCCAUCGGAAAUCGUACCCCUCCGCAUUCGUGCUCCAUCCUCUGCUCUGUCGACGUCAGCCAACUGGAUUUUCAACUUCAUGGUGGUGAUGAUCACACCGAUUGCUUUUGCCAAUAUCAAAUAUCAAACCUACAUCAUCUUCGCCGUCAUCAACGCCUUCAUCGUCCCAUGCGUCUACUUCUUCUACCCAGAAACCGCAUACCGAUCUCUCGAAGAAAUGGACGAGAUCUUCCACAAAUCCAACAUGUCCACAAACGCCUGGUUCGAUGUUGUCAAGAUCGCAAAGCCGAAGAAUACUCCUAAUCGAUACGACAAGAACGGUCAACUUCUUAUCAACUAUCUCGAUACCGAAGAGCAUCGCAGGCGAAGCAGCGUUGUGGCACCUGGUGCUAAGGGUAUCAAUGACGUUGAGAAUAAGGAUCGUUCGAGCCAUAAUGAGGCUUAUGCGACUGAUGGUGGAUUUGCUGGUGGCAGUGGUAGCGAGAAGAGUCUGUAA